UUCGACCUCUUAGUCUUUGCCACUUUCUGUGUUUUCCUCGGCAACUACGCACAGAAUAUCAUGCAAGACAAGGAAACGCGACUCAGAGAACUCUUACGGAUGAUGGGUCUGUCGGAUUUCGUCUACUGGACUAACGCGUUUCUCGUCGGGCUCAUCAACGCCUUUCCUCUGUGCCUCCUCGUAACGGUAUCUCUUUGCACCAAUUUCGGAAACAUCGCGACCCUCCCUCAUUCGAAUGCCGGACUUGUAUUCGUAGCUCUGAUCGCGUACUCGGUCGGAAUAAUUUUCAUGGCUCUUUUGGUGUCUGUGCUCAUCAGAUCAGCUAAGCUAGGAGCCCUUGUCGUCAUCCUCGCACAGUCGUGCUCUCUAUUCUUGAUGCAGCGUCUGGAUCCUCUCUCCUCCUCUACGGCAGACUACGUCAAUGGAUCCAAGUUCAUCAAACUCAGUACAUCCAUGCUGUCGCCCUGCGGACUCCACUGGGCCUUCAAAAUCAUGCUUCUCUGGGAGCGUAGAGACAUCGGGGCGAAUUGGUCCAACUUGUUCCAGCCAGCCGUCGAAGGGGAUACCGUGACGCUGGGGUCCAUCCUCGGGACGAUGAUAUUAUCGUGGUUCAUCUGGAUGCUGGUCAUUCUCUACCUGGACGCGGUCGUGCCCUGGCAAUCCGGGAUGCCGAAACAUCCCCUUUUCUUCCUGCGAUACUCGUUCUGGUUCCCGAAGGUAGUCGCCUCGGAUCUAGUGAGACUCGAGGAUUCCGUGGAUUCCGAGGAAGACUCAUUCGGCGACGACAUGGUGGAGUCAUCGAAUGCCGCGGGGGUGGUGAUACGUCUCCAGGGAGUCAGCCACGAAUUCGGAGCUUUACUCGCCGUAGAUAAUCUCUCCCUGGACUUGUACAGGAACCAGAUAACCGUACUACUCGGUCAUAAUGGUGCCGGAAAAACCACCACGAUGAAUAUCAUGACUGGUCUCUUCCCACCGACGCGCGGUGAGAUCUACAUAAACGGACACAGCGUGCGCUCGAGCACGAAAGAAGCCCGACAAGGCGUGGGUUUGUGCCCGCAGCACAACGUUCUCUUCGAUGAUCUCACUGUGGAAGAGCAUCUUCAUUUCUUCUCCGAUUUGAAAUCCUCCUCAUCGUCCAUGAAUGAGGUCCGAGAUCUAAUGACUAAACUCGAAUUGAAUGCCAAGGCGGGAACACUAUCCAAAUCGCUCUCGGGGGGAAUGAAACGCAAACUCAGCUUAGCGAACGCCAUGGUUGGUGGAAGCUCGGUUCUGAUUCUGGAUGAGCCAUCUUCGGGCUUGGAUCCUGAAGCUCGGCGACUCGUUUGGGACUUGCUCCAGCAGGAGCGUACGCGCAGGACGGUUCUCAUGACAACCCAUUAUAUGGAAGAAGCCGACGUCUUGGGGGAUCGCAUAGCGUUCCUUGCGAAGGGGAAAUUGAUGUGUGCUGGUUCACCCAUGUUCCUGAAGCGAAAAUUCGAGACUGGCUAUAAACUGCGUCUGACAAAAGCCUCGCCAAACCUGGACCCAGAAUCUGUGGUCGCAGCCGUCAAGAACCAACUGUCCCCGAACGCAAAUAAUGUGAAUCUCGUGUCAGACUUAUCAUAUGAGUUCGUCAUCAACAUAGGAUUCCCGGGCGCGGCAGAGAUGAUCUCCCUGUUCAGAUUCAUUGAGGACAACAGAGAAAGUCUCGGGAUCGAAAGCAUGGGAGCCUCGGUAACGACGAUGGAGGACGUUUUCCUGAAAGUUGGCCAGCGUGAAGAGGAUCUCGCUUCGCGGUUUGAGCCUGAAUCCUCUUCGAGGCUGUUCGGACGACUCGAUCUCUCCGUUUCAGAAUCGUUCCCCAAGUUCACUCGUCUCAAUGGGUCUUCUCUGAUCCUACGGCAGAUGCUCUCCCUCCUGACCAUGAGAUUCCGGAGCUGUUCACGGGACGGAAAAGUGUUAUAUCAUAUGACUCUCGUCCCUCUAAUAUUCGCGAUCGUUUAUGUGUUAAGCAUGAUACCGAGAGAGACUUCGUCGCAGACAAAGACCGUCACCUACAACAUAAAUUCGCUGCUCGGAGCAUCGCGUGGUUUUCUGGGAGGUAGCGUCCCGGACCCCGUGGCAGAUGCGUUCACGACACGUCUCUCGGCAGACGGUGUUCGGAUUGGAUUCUUGAGCAACCUCAGUUCGACAGGAGCCGUGAACGAUUUCUUCUUGGGGGAAGCCAAGAGAGAUCUGAACGCAUUCAAAUAUCACACAUCGGCCGGCGUAGUCAAGGGACUGAACAGCAUUUUCUUCAACGGUCAACCAUACCACGUUGGUGCUGCGGCUCUCGCAGACUGGCAAGCCGCUCGGCUCGCCAACCUUACUGGCCGAUCCAGUUCGGUGACAGUUUCGAAUCAUCCCUUCGAACCGGAGUCCUUCAAACCGCCCAUGGUGUCGAUCGUCAGUGCGAUGCGGACGGUCGGAGUCCUAUUUGUGGGAAUCGUGUUCGCGUACGUGUCUUCUGCGACCAUCAUAACGCCCAUCCAAGAGCGGGUUCGAAAGUCGAAGCUGAUUCAAACGAUGUCGGGUGUGAAACCGAUCGUGUACAUCGGAUCGAAUUUCGCGUUUGAUACCACUACGGUGUUCCUCAACCUGAUGCUCUGCUUCCUGGUCAUGCUUUGCUUCAACCCGGCUCACGGAUUCACGACUUUCGGCGAGACCAUCCCGGCCUCGAUCCUCGUGUUCCUUGCGUUCGCUUCUUCAGCAACACCCUGGGCGUAUAUUUUCUCGUAUUUGUUCAACAAUUCGUCGACAGGCUUCUCGGUGUUCAAUACUCUGAAUAUCCUACUAGUCCUGGUGGCCGGCUUCUCAUUCGCUAUCUUAGAGAAUAUUCCACAACUCAUCGGAGACAGAGCGGACGUCUAUCUGAAAUUUCUGAGUUUCGUACCCGUGUUCUCCGCAACUUGGAGUUUCCUGACCGUGCACCGGAACGGAUGCGUGAAGAGCGUUUUCGACGAGGAGGGCAUCGCAGCGAUCUGCUCAAGCCCAGUUAUUCCGAAAUACAUUUCUGUUUUCUGCGUCCCAUGCUCCGGGGAGUCUUCGGCGCAGUUCUGCUUCGAACAGCACUCUGUAUUCAACGCCGACCUCUACACCGGAGUUGCCUUCCAAUUGGUGGCUCUAGUCCUGACAGGCUGCCUGGGCUUCGCGCUCGUUAUGCUCAUCGAAUUGAACACGAGGAAAGCAGAGUACGCAGCUGAUCUAGUCAAGGGUCUCCUCCCUUGGCGGAAGACUUCGAUAGGAGGUGCGGACUGUGGAGACGUGCCGGAGGACGCCUCAGUCAAGGCGGAGCGGCAAGCAGUUCACGAGGCAGUUGCGAAGAAUCAGAUCGAAUCAUUCGCGCUGGUCGUCAAAGACGUGACGAAGCACUAUGGUUCUCUGAGGGCCGUGAACAACAUCUCGUUCUCCGUGAAGAAGAAUGAGUGCUUCGGUCUCCUCGGUGUCAACGGAGCCGGCAAAACGACCACAUUCAGCAUCUUGACCGGAGACUCUUACAUAAACGAGGGGAACUCCUACAUCGAGCGAACGGACGUUCGCUCGACACUCGGCUCCUACCAAGAAUAUAUCGGGUAUUGUCCCCAGUUCGAUGCGCUAGUCGACACAUUGACCGGACGGGAGCUGUUGGAACUCUUCUGCGGUCUACGCGGCGUUCCCGGGGAUGAAGUGGAGGGCAUGGUCAAUUUCAUGACUUCGAUGGCGGACCUCAAACCCCAUAUAGAUAAACUUACUCGGUCGUAUAGUGGAGGGAACAAGCGCAAAUUGUCGCUAGCCAUCGCGAUGAUCGGCAACCCCCGCGUGUUGUUCCUCGACGAACCGACGGCUGGCGUGGAUCCCGGCGCGAGACGUAGGAUCUGGGCCACCUUAGCUCAGGCGCAGAGGGAACUUAAUUCUUCGAUUGUGCUCACUUCGCAUUCCAUGGACGAGUGCGAGGCUCUCUGUCAUCGACUCGUCAUCAUGUUCAAAGGAACUUUCCGCUGCCUUGGAUCGUGCCAGCAGAUAAAGUCCAAGUACGGCCAAGGGUUCACAGUCUCGAUCAAGACCGAGGCGAGCGGUGGCGAUCAGCUGAGCAAUGUGGGGAGAGCAAUGGAGGAUCUCUUCGACGGAAGGUGUGAACUUAAGAAAAGCUAUCAGUGUAUGCUGCAAUUCCACGUCAACGAUGCCUCUCUACGAUGGAGUGAAGUUUUCGAACGGAUUCAAGAGCUUCGCGAAAAUCCCAACUUACGAAUCGAAGAUGUUCAGGUGUCCGAUACGACCCUAGAACAGGUUUUUCUGAACUUCGCACAGGAGAACGCCACGGAGAGCGAAGCGAGUGGGCCGUCGUUCUCCGUCUGAAACGCCGAGGAAUAUCCCGUGGCUCGAGGUUCAGAGUCAUCGAGAUGUCGAAACGCAAACAAUGUUCAUACACCUCAGUCAUACCUUGUGGUUUCCAAAGAGAAGUGCUUCCGUCAAUUGCGCUUGGUUUCGCGUUUCGAGGCGAUGGAUUCAAAUCGUCCAAAGAUAAUGCUCCUCUAAUGUUAUGACAUGCAAUAUAUUGAAGAGCGCGGAAGACUUUUAUUGAUAAAGCUUUGAGCUUGUCUUCAUUG